AUGUCGAUUCAAUUUAGAUUCAGUUUGCAAUUGUAAAUUGAAAGCUUCAGUUGAUUUAUUAAAUUAAAUUUAUUUUAUCAUUUUAAUUUUGUGCUUAAAGUGUGUUGUUAUAAUUACUAUUUUCCCAAUUAAUCUGAUUACAGUUAAAAUCAUGGAAAACAAAGACAAUUAUGAUCAAUGGAGACCAAAUCAAGAUUCAAGUGGAGAUUCAAAUUCAAAUGAAUCAGCUAAUUGUCCAGUUAAUCCGAAUCAAGUAAAUGAUCCAAAUUCUGAUCAACCAGUUAAUCCUCAAGUAAAUCGUUCAAGGAGCAAUCGAAACAGACGAAGUAAUCAAGGUAAUCAAGGUAAUCCAAUUGCUGAGGUUCCAAUUUAUGUUAAACGAGUUCAUAUUAUGGGUCAACCAUUAAAUCAAUCCAUGGAAAGUUCAACUAAUCUUGAUUUCAAUGUAAAUCAGAGUAACAAUUUAAAUGUUAAUCAAAACGCAAGUCAAUCAUCUGGUAAUAAACAGCAAUCAAGCACUGGAAUGGUUGUCAGAAAUUUAAAACGUCGAGCCAAAGAUAAAGAAUCCGGUCAAUCAUCAUCAUCAUCAUCUUCAUCAUCUCAACCUCAGCAGUUUCAUCAGCAACAAUUACAAUCAGUUAAUCAACCUCUCCAACAACAGUUUUCACAUCUACCACCUCAACCUCAACCUCCAUCACAAUUUAUACCCCAAUGUGAGCCUCAGCCACAAUUUCAACAACAAGAAUUGCUUAAAUCAUUAUUAGAAAAUCAAUUUCCGCAACAAUUUGAACCUCAAAUGAUUGAACAACAACAAGUUCAACCUCAACUUGAUCCACAAUUUCAGGGUCAAUUUUUUCAACAGCAAAUUGAAGCCCAACAGUUACAACAACAAUUUCCUCCCCAAGAACCACAAAUUUCACCCAAUAGAUUGGCUUAUCUUGAGGAACAGUAUCAACGCCAACGAAUGACAAUGGAGAUACAAAGACAACAUUGUAUGGCCGCACUUGAAGCGCAACAAGAAGCAAACAAUAGUCGAGGUCAUGUUGAAGUUAGACCGGAACACGAGACAAUAUCGACGGCAUCUUCCAUAAUCGAGCAACCACCACAAGCACUUCCACCACCACCACCAUAUCCAACGAAUCGAAUGAAUCAACAAACUUAUGAUGAAUUCUCGACUCAACCAAAACGUAGGCCAUUAGCAAAUCAAUCGUUUAAUCAACAACAACAAUCUAAUUGUUUCCGUACUCCUGGUGCACCACCAAGACCCAGUCCUCCGGUACCUCCUUCGAUCAGGUCAACUUAUAUGCCAUUUGUUGUUCCUCCAGUUCGUCGUCGUCGUCGUCGAUCAGGAGAGUUUGAACUGCCAAUGACCAUCCAACAACCCCCACGAUAUUGGCGUCCAUCUUUUCAGCAAAGACCGCGAUUCGCACCAAACCAACAAGAGAACCAACAACGACCCCAACAACCCCAACAACAACCUCAACGACAAUUCCAUGAACAUAACCUUUCACCUCAAGAACAACAGCAAAUUUACAUACCUCGUGAACCACCUUACGUUAUAAGAAGAAAUCCCCAAGGUCAAUCAGGUCAAGGAAAUAUGGGUCAAUCACAAAAUAACAACAAUCAACGGGUUCUAACUGAUGAAUUGAAUAAAUUAAUUGACGAUCCUGGACAGAGACAAAUGGUCAGUCAACUUUAUCGUCGCUACUCAGCUCCAAUUGAAAGACAAACUACCGAUGAACCUUUGGACUUAUCGAGAAGCGGUCAACCAAUUGAACUAUCGACAAGUCCAUUGGUUAUGCCACGAGAUGAAUCACCAUCUGAUGGUCAAGGAGGUGGAGGAGGAAUAGAUCCCGUUAACCUUUCAACCUCAAGUCAAGACUCACACAUUGUUGACCUUUCCAACAGUUCGCAAUCAAGUGAUAAAUCAAUACGAGUUAAUGGUCAAUCAAAUGGCAAUUCAUCAAUUGCCCAAUCGAAUGCAAAUUUAUCAAUAGGUCAACCCAAUGCUAAUCUAUCUAUUGGUCAACCAAUUAAUACCUCAAAUAAUCAAAUGUUUGAUGUAGCACGUGCUAAUAAUGCUGAUGAAAUCCUUAGUGAUGAAUCAUCAUCCUCAUCAAUGUCCAUCCCUGACUCAGCCUCUUCAUCACCAUCAAAAUUGGUCAACUAAUUGUCUUAACAAUUUAAUUUGAAACAUUUUUAUCUACUCUUUCAUUACUACUGAUCAUUGAUCUCUUAAUUUUUUUCCCAUUCACAAUUCAAAUGGUUUUAAUCUAAAAACAAUCAAAUUUAAUCACUAUGAUCAAUUAAAACAUUUUUCCAAUUGAAAAA